AUGCACCGAUUAUUACUGUUAUGGAUGACAUUUUAUGGCAUAUUGUUGCAUCCUAGCAAUGCAAUCACGAAAAGUUUUGUAAACUCAUCGAUGCCCGAUAUGCGGCCAACAUUUGUUGUUAACUUUGAUACCGGUAUCGUCAUUUGUCAACAUUCAUCUCAUCCAGAUGAUUUACAUUUGCAUCAAAUCUCGAUUAUAUGUGAUGGCAAGCCAGAUUGUUACAGUAAUCCAGCAAUGCAUGAUGAAAGUUUUCCAUAUUGCGGUAGCCGUUGUAACUCGACAUGCAAUCAGCGGGGUGCAUGUCUAUUCGAUGGAACUCAGGGACAAUGCUACUGUAAUGCUGGUUAUCAUGGCCCACAUUGUGAACUUAAUGAUAAUAAUGAAUGUAAGGAUAAGCCAUGUCAUUGGUUAGCGCAUUGUCGUAACACUUAUGGUUCAUAUUCUUGUACAUGUUUCCCGGGAUUUCAAGGGGAUGGACACGAAUGUUCCGAUAUUAAUGAAUGUGAAACAGGGAUAGCAAAAUGUCCAGAAUAUUCAACAUGCGUUAAUCUACCGGGAACAUAUUUUUGUAAUUGUACGGAAGGAUUUCAACCAUUGGGCAUACCACUUGAACGUUGCGCUGAUAUCGAUGAAUGCGCCCAAGAAAUGCAUAAUUGUCCAGAGAAUUUUAAAUGUCAAAAUGAGAUUGGUAGAUUUAAAUGUGUGGAAAAAUGUGACAUUGGUUAUCGCUUGGUGAAUGAAACGUGCGUUGAUAUCGAUGAGUGUGCGGAAAAGACUUCUGAAUGCAACAAACGUGCUACUUGUAUCAAUACGGUCGGAAGUUAUCAAUGCAUAUGUGAAGACGGUUUUACCGGUGAUGGUGUAAAUUGUACACCACUAAAUGACUGUGAUCAACAGGAAGGUAUUUGUGAUCGGCAUGCUUUUUGCAUUGGUAAUCUGCGAAUGUGUAUGUGUCAAUCAGGAUAUAUUGGUGAUGGCUUGAACUGUUACGACGUAAAUGAAUGCGCAGCGAAGCAUAACCCUUGCGAAGGUCAAAUCGGUGAAUUGCGUUGUGUGAAUGUCGAUGGCGGCUAUAUAUGUUGUGAAGAAUAUCUGGAUGAUAGGAGGUGUAUACGAGAAAAGGGUGCAUUCUGUUCUGGUGGAUGCGGACUGCAUGCGGUAUGCUAUAAUGAAACAUGUCAAUGCAUGGAAGGAUUUAGUGGUGAUCCACGAAUUAAGUGUUCUGAUGUAAAUGAAUGUGAGGAUGAUAAGCAAUGUCCGGGUGCUGGCGAAUGGUGUGUCAAUUUACUUGGUGGAUUCAUUUGUUGUAGUGCCGAUUCAAAGAAUCCUGAAUGCCUUGGUAGCAAUUCUAAACUGGAUGGCAUUCGGCGGAUUUUUUCAACUGGCAGUAUUCAACAAAAAGAAACAGGCGGUUUUGUGGUCAUCGAUAAGCAGGUGAUAUCAGUGGGACAAUUCGGUCUUGCAUGCUAUUUUGGAUGUCCCGCUGACUCGCAUUGCGUUAAUGAUACCUGCCAGUGCAAUGAUGGUUUCAUUGGAAAUACCUUCGAAGGUUGUGCAGAUGUUAAUGAAUGCGAGCUUGGCCUAUGUAAUCAAUCUGAUUCAUGGUGUAUUAAUUUGCGCGGCUCAUUCGCAUGUUGCACCACAAAUUCGACUUUAUCGCACUGCAUGGAUUUAGAAAUUACUAAUGGUCAUGAAAAUAGUCUUACUGCUGAUAACACUAAAGGAGAGCAUCUCUUGCCUUCUGCUAUCAAAAAAAUUACAGGCGGCAUUGAAACUGUUACCUUCGGCUCUAGUGAUAUUACCAGUGCUGGCAAUGCAGGCAAUGCACAUGACUCUUGGAAUGUUAAGUCUAGUAAAACUGAAUUUAGUGGUAGUGGACGAAGAAAUAGUUGGGCUAUUGAAACGGUUGGGGAAUGGAAAAAUUUCACAGGCCAUGCGAUAAUUAUUGGACGUGGACGAAUUGAAAGUAAAAAAUGGAAUGUGACAAAGGACAAGAAUGGGACAUUGAUUGGCAUUGAAGUGCAUGAAAACGGGACAGAAAUAGGAAAGUACUUUGAAUCUUCAGUCAAAGAAGGAAGAGCAGAUGGCGGUGAAAAGAGUGAAGAAACAGAAGGAUCUGGCGAAAGUAUGGAAACUAGUGACAUUUAUGGAGUAAAAGAAACAACUCCUAGUGGAAUGCUGGAGGCUGUCACUUCGGUAUCUUCAGAAGCUAAUAGAAGUAGUAAAAAGGACUCUGAUGGGAUCUUGACAAUCACUACAUCUUCAUCGCUGCCAACUGCUAGCAAUUUCGGUGAAAUACAUAAAAUUGGGGAAGAAGAAACCGAAAAAGCUGAAAUCAUUAUUUUCCAGUCUUCCAAAGCAUCAAUAAGUCAUACAUCUACUGAAUCAAGAAUAUCAUUAGAACGAAGCUCAGAAAGUCCUGUUAUUUUCACUCCAAAAACUUUAACGCCACAAAUCCUUGAAAUAGUUUCAAGUGAAAUCAACACCAGUCAGGAUAAUUCUGGAAAAUCAGCUUCUAAAACCCCUGAAACUUCUACCUACAGCAUAGAUACUAAAUCGGUUUCUGAAGCAGGAUCAAUGAAAAGUGUAAAAUUAGAAAGAACUAUGAUUCUGAAAGAUGAUAAGGCAAAAACAACAAUUACAGUAACAGAAAAUGAUUUGACUAAACCAGACGAAUCAAUAGGUACAAAAACAAAUAUUGAAACAAAACAAACAGCAGGAGCCACCGGCAAAGAAAUUGUCUUGACCACACCAUCGAUCGUGGAAGAGCAACUCAGAACCACAACAUAUAUUAUUAAUGAAAAUUCUGAAAUGCAGAUGCAUUUGACUGAUAAAGAAAUCAAUGAUUCUCUAACGUCGCCGAACCAAACGGUAAUUACUGAAGCGAUAACCUCUCCUUCUAUUCCAGAAAGUAAAUCACACUGGAAAAAGGAAAAAGCACAGAAACCGCAGCUAGGGAACACCGUUUCUGAAGCUGAAGUAGCAAUUAGUGUAAAAGAAGAAACUGUCAUACCAGCGGUUGUGGAGAUCACUCAUAAAGGAACACCAAUUGUUAUUCCAAAAUCUGAUUUGCUAGGUUUAACUCCAGUUUCUGAAAGAUCAGACAAAUUGUAUGAUACCACUCAAAAAUUUGGUGUUGAAAUAGUUAAAGUUGCUUUAACGACCGAACCACAAGUAGGAAUUGAAAUAGUGAAAGUAUCCAGUGAGCAUGUUCUAGAAAAUGGUGGAAGUGUUGAUGUAGAUACUACAUUUUAUCCAUAUACGAAAAGCAUUGAAUCAAUUCAGUUUAUAGAAAAUACUACGAAAUUCAAACCAGAUUUAACAACAGCAUCACAAAAAACUGAGACCACCAAGUCAGAAUUCAUCCAAACCUCAGUCCCAAUUGAGGUAACACAGAGGAGAGCUGAAACAAUUACUUUGGAAAAGUUUUCAGAAGAACCAACAAAGAUUGUUAAAAGCUCUGCAGUACCUUCAACAUUUGAGCAAACAUCUGGAAAUACUGAGGCCGACGAUACGACAUCGCGUGAUACUGUAAUUGCAACAACUCCAAUAAGUAGUCUUUUGUCUUCCAAUCAACAACUUUCAACGACAACACCUGUUGCAGUAUUAAUUUCAUUCAGCAAACCAAUAAGUCAUGAUGAGUCAUCGAGAACAAUAGCAACUCAGUACUCGAUUACAACGACAAAUGCAACACUAAUUGAAAGCGCAACUGGAACUAUCCCAUUAAGCACGUCAUCUGUUGCUAGUCAAGUAACAACUGCCAAUUUAUCGAUGAAAUUGAUAUCUGGAAAUGCUACAGAAGAAGUAACAAAGACAGAAUCUGUUGUAAAUGACGGCAAAAGUACUACUAUGGAAAUAGAACAUCGCAAGGCACCUCCAAAGAAAGAUGUCGAAGUUGAGGGUUCAGGAGAGGAAAUGACUAACUUUCAAACUGUCAGCAACACCAGAGGUCUUGUUUCAAGUACUAUCAUCGAAACAAGUGAUCUUUUAAAAACAGUAGCUGCAAAUGAUAAGAUUCACGACGUUGGAUUGGAAAUUGUACUCAUGAAAGGAUAUCCUAAAAGAACCGAAAUUGUAAUUGCUGCGACGAGUGCACCAGUGCAGAAAAAUUGGACUAAUAUAGUGGAUAUAUCACCAGAUGCUAUUUUAAAUACUUCGUUCUCCUUGCUAUCCACAACGGAGUCAGACAGAGAUGUGAAGUCUACUUCAGAUUCUACAGGAGGAAAUUUGACCACAAGAGAAUUUUCAACAUUUGAUUCUCACUAUAUCAAAGAAACAACAGCUUUUGAAGCAAUUACUUCGAAAGAUUUUGAGCAGAUUGAUGGCAUUAUUAGCGGAAAAGAAUUAGGUCCCACUGCAAAUAUUUUUAGACCUGAAAUUGCUUCCACUUCUGCAUCAGGUACAGCUGAAAUUGCAGUGAUUUCGAAACAAUCAUCAUCUGAAUCUAUGGCACUCUUUCCUACGACUGGUAAGACUUUGCUACCAAUUGAUAAAAAAACUAAAAAUACUUUGAAACCCACAGAUAGCGAUGAAACUACUAUUUUUCAAAUGGAUAGUGAAAAAUUAAGAAUUGUUACUACACCGCAAUCCAUAGAAUCGUCAAAAGGAUUUUCAAGCUCUUUAAAUAAAGAAAUUCUUGCGAAACCAUCCGAAACUAGUGAAGAACCUGCAAGUUCGACUGUUGAAAACAUUGCAAAAGUUGUAACUAUCACCGAAGAAGUGGGGAGAGGAGUUGUGGCGACAGAUGAAAGCAUUAAGUAUUCCUCGUAUUCAACUUCUGUGGACUUGAGUGCCACUUCAGAAUCUGUGACUAUGACAGAAGCUGCUACACAGAAACCUAGUACCUAUAGUAUAACAGAGAAAAAUGUCUUUGAGAAAGAAUUAGUAACUUCCAGCAUUUCAAAAGAUGCAUCAGCGGGAACAAAACCUGACGUGAUCAUAUCCGGAAGUCUACAUGUCGGGACAGUUGAAGUACCGCGAGUAACAAACGUAACAGAAGCAUUUAGUGAAACCAAAGAAUGGACAGCUUCUGAUGUUGCGACAGUUAGUGAAGCUGCGACUACGAAUGCAAUUGGAUCGAAUAGCUUGGCUUCAUCUGUUACGACAAUAGAAGAAACCGGAUCCUCUGCAAUUUCCGAAACAAUUAAACUAGAAACUUCUCUUAUUUCACAAUCAGUUUCUACAAAAGAGAUUGAGUACGGAAUCAAUACAACGACAGUUACUUCGGACGUUUUUUCGCAAUCAAAGAAUGCAGAGACAUCAACGAUUUCAUUGUCAAGUUCUGAUCUUGCGACGAUUGUUGAGCAGAAAACUUCAGGACUCAAAUUUGACGAAAUAAGUGCUUCGAAAUUAGAGACAACAACCGUUUUUGGGAAUGGCACGGGGACAUUAGAGUCGGUAAAAGAUGAAAGUUUUUCAAAAUUUAUGACUACGACAAGCAAAGCGAGUAUGGGAACUGCGUCAAUUGGUCCAGUGGAAAGCGAAUCAGUAUCAUUUCGAGAAGAAACAUCUUCAGUGUUUGAGACCGCGUCUUCUGGUUUUAGAACUUCGACCAGUCCUUCAUUUCCUUCUAUUGAAGUUGUUAUGAAAUAUGAAAGCACUGUCAGUGUUACAAAUCCAGAGACUUUUUCAAGUUUGUUACCUGUUUUUGAAACGAAAGAAUCUGUUUCUCAAAUCACACCUUCCACCACUCUUGCUCCUCAAAUUUCUCAAAUAUCUUUCGAGAAUUCUGUAUCUCGAAAAACACCAGCAGAAAACAGCACCGUUCUUGAGCACUCCGAAAGUUCUAAAACCGAUUUUUCAUUAACACGAACACCAUCUAAGGGUAAUUUAGAAAUUGUAUCAACUGCUGAUAGCACAGAUUUAUUAAAAACAGGUGCAAAAGCUGCCGGAUGGACGUUGAAACCAGAGACAAAAAAAAGUGAGGUGCUAGAAGUGAAGACAGAAGUUCCUGGUCUCACUUCUGGAGUGGAAACAUCCGAAUCAACUAUUAAUCCAACAGCGAUUUUCACAGAAGUUGAUCAAACAUUAAAUAAAAGCUCAGUAAGCGAUGAAAGCUUGUUAAAAAUAGCACAACAAGAAACUAUAAGUUCUCUGUAUGAUAAUAUUUCGAAAUUUGGACAAUACGUGACAACUACGAAAGAGACAUACAAUCUAAAAGUAACUACAGAAACAGCAAUCAUUCAAAAUUACACUAAUAUCGGUGUAUCUUUGCAUUGUCGAAGUAGCGAUGAAUGUGGAACUGAUGCAUACUGCGAACGACGAUCUGGCGUUUGUCGUUGUUAUCCGGGAUUUGAUGGACAACCACCAGUAACUUCAUGUAUCGAUAUCAAUGAAUGUGAGCGGCAUUUGGAUGAUUGUGAUUCAACAUCUCGAUGUUCAAAUAAAGUUGGUGGUUUCAUGUGUUUUUGCGAAACUGGUUAUCGGAUGUCAAAAGAACAUAUUUGUAUAGACAUUGACGAAUGCGAAGAGCGUGCUGGGCGGCCUUGUAGUCAAUACGCUAAUUGUACCAAUAUACCAGGAUCUUAUCAGUGUCAGUGUAAUUUUGGCUAUACAGGUGAUGGAUACACAUGCAUUCCAAUAGAGAAGAGACAUUGUAAGGAAGAAGAAUUAGCGAAGUCUAAUUGUGGAAGUAAUCAUUUAUGUUUGGUGGAUGGCCAAGGUGAAAUUGACUGUAACACUUGUAAAAAAGGUUUUAUGAAGGAUGGAACGAGCUGUAUUGACAUUAAUGAAUGCACUCAAAGUGAUGUAUGUCAUAAGAAUGCAUCCUGCGAAAAUAUUAUGGGCUCUUAUUCAUGUCACUGCCAUCCUGGCUACAAAGGAGAUGGCUCCAAUUGUGACGACAUUGAUGAAUGCGAGAAUAAUCCAUGUCAUCCUCAAGCUAUUUGUAUCAAUCAUUCCGGUUCCUUCAGUUGUCAAUGCCCUGAUGAGUGGGUUGGCGAUGGUAAAAACGAAUGCAUCAAUCCAUCUGAUACCGCUUGUUUGGAUAAAUUAUCGGUUUGCAAACAUACCAAUCAUACAACAUGUUUGUCAGUUAACCUCGGUUUUGCGACUACCUCGAUAUGUGAAUGUUCCGCUAAUUAUCGGUAUAAUUCUAUCAAACAUAGCUGCGAAGAUAUUGAUGAAUGUGCAGAGAACCGUCACAACUGCGAUCCCUCAAAUUCAGUUUGUGUUAACACAGAUGGUAGUUACAUAUGUGAAUGUUCAUCUGGUUAUGAAGGUGCAGGAGGUGUAUGCGUUGAUGUUAACGAAUGUGAGCGCGGUAUUGCUGGUUGCAAUGUAGCUGCUCGAUGCGAAAAUUAUUUGGGAAGUGUCGGAUGUAAAUGUCCGCAGGGAUUUAUUGGUAAUGGCAUACAUUGCAUUGCUACCAAAUCGUUCAUAAAAGCCGAUUCCGGUUGUAACGAUGAAUGGAGAAAGAAAUGCAAUGAUGUGAAUAGAACAUGUCAUAUCGAUGAUGAAGAUGUACCACAGUGUGGAUCGUGCAUUAUUGGUUAUCAACCAUUAAAUGGAAUAUGUCUCCCAAUACAAGAGGCAGGUAAUUGCGCGAAUCCAGAGAAGAACGAUUGUGACGUGAAUGCUGAAUGUGUCGAUGUAAAUCCGGGGCGUCAUUUUUGCAUUUGCAAAAUUGGAUAUAUUGGUGAUGGGCGACACUGUGAUGGUCCUAAUUGUCAUUUGAAUGUAUCAAUGUGCCACAAAAAUGCUCGAUGUCAACUUAACGGAACCUGCAAGUGCAAUGAUGGAUAUCGGGGAGAUGGAGUAAAUUUAUGCCAAUCAGAAAGUGGAGAAAAACAGGAUGAAAGGACAGACGUUUCAAAGAUCACAAAAGGUGGUGUAGUUGUGAAUCAGGAGACGGGAAGAGAAAGUACAAUGUUGACCUAUGAUUCUGUUUUUGCUUCCGGAUUUGCCGGUCCGUUCACAGUUGUGCCAGUUACGGAAGUAACUGAAACAACAAACGAUGUGACAACUCAGCAAAGCAGUACUGUAACAAGAAAAGGCAUAAAUGUAACUAAAGAAAGUUUUGAAAGCGAAAGUGUCACUACUUCCAGAACUUCACCAAGUUGGAAAAGUGAAAUUAUUCACGUAACAGUAUCUGAGAGUUCUGGCAAAGAUGACUUUAUCAGCAAAGAUUGGGAGCCUAGUACAAAACCUGAUAAUAAAUUAUUAUCCACUCCUAGAGUACUAUCUUCGGAAAUAGUAUCGAUGCAUGAGAGCGCAAAAGGAACUACGAGCAUUCCUGGUUUUGAUACCUCUGUUUAUUCUGACUCUAUUUCUUCAUCUAGAAUUCCGAUCAUUUCGGAAGAGGCGCAAAAAAUAGGCGUUCAAAGAUGCACUGCUGCCAAUCAAUCAGCAUGUCAUGAACUUGCAAUUUGUGCAGAGGAAAGCGGAGAAUGCGUUUGUAAAUUAGGAUAUCGUGGUGAUGGAUACUCCAUUUGCAUGAAAGAUGCUGAAGAUUGUACUUUCGAUCCAACAGUUUGCGAUUUACGUGCUGUGUGUGACGUAUCGACGCAUACAUGUAAAUGUAUUCAAGGUUACAUUGGUGAUGGCAUCAUUUGCGCUCCAGAUACUUUCGAUUGCUUGUUGAGGCCAAAUUUAUGCAGUAAUUUUGCUGAAUGUAUUGGUAGAAGAUGUACAUGCAAUGUUGGAUACACUGGUGAUGGUACUGAAUGUGUUGCGGUUGAACCAUUACAUGAUUGUACACGAUGUGAUAUGAAAGCAAAAUGCUAUAAUGAAACUUGUAUUUGUGAUAAGGGCUAUUUUGGUAAUGGCGCAGUUUGCUUUGCUGAUCCAUCGGACUGCAUUCAUUAUCCGGGGCUUUGCCAUUCUAAUGCUAUUUGUGAUGAAGAUAAAAGGCGUUGUAAGUGCACGCGCGGUUACAUUGGAAAUGGAAUGGAAUGUAACAGGAAAAAGAAUUUGUUGUGUUCCAAUGAUACAAGCAUUUGUGAUCAGAAUGCGGAAUGCCUUUCAACUGGUAUAUGCCAGUGUAAACAGGGAUUUGAAGGAGACGGAUAUUAUUGCCGAGCAGAAUGUAAGCAGCAAUGUGUUGCAAAUGAGCAAUGUUACCGCGGAGAGUGUCGAUGCACGGAAGGAUACAAACGGGGCGCAAAUGACACUUGCAUGGAUAUUGAUGAAUGUGCAAUGGGUACGCACGAUUGUCAUUCAGUGGCGCUUUGUAAUAAUAUGCCUGGUUCCUUCACAUGUAUUUGCCCGACAGGUUAUCAGGGAAAUGGACGCAAAUGCUCUCAACAUCAUCCUCUUCACAAUAUGUCCGUAGAUUGUGAACUGGAUGGGAUGACCUUAAUUUUGGUCAAUGAUCCUGACCUGUACGAUGGUCGAAUAUUUGUUCGUGGUCAAACUGAUAAUCCAUUUUGCUCUAAGAAGCUCAAUGCUUUGCUUGCUAACGAAACCGAAUAUCGUCUUAUAAUUCAGUAUGCCCACUGCAAUGUUAGAUUCGAAGAACCGAAUACUAUAGCUGUGACAGUAGUAAUUCAGCGACAUCCGAUGUUUAUCACUGAACGAGCGGAUGCUUAUGAUAUCAGAUGUACAUAUCCUGUUGGCGUACGAAAGGUAGCAAGUCAUGUGGGCAUUUCGGAGAUAACAACCACAAAGACCAUCAUUGAGACUGGAACUGGACCAACAUGCUCAUUAACCGUUACUAAUGAACAAGAUCAGCUAAUUGAUACUGCUACCGUUGGACAACCAUUGAAACUUGUCCUAAUAGUUUCUCCAAAUGAUACAUAUGGAGUUCUACCGCGAAAUUGUUUUGCAAUAAAUUUGGAGACAAGUGAAUUGUAUUUGUUAACUGAUCAAAGUGGAUGUGCUAUUGACACCGAACUUUUCCCAGAAUGGACAUAUCUACAACUGUGGCUUGCAACAGCAAUAUUUCGGACAUUUAAAUGGCCUGAUAGUUCAAUGAUCCGUUUUCAAUGUGACUGUUCGGCAUGCAUUGAAAGCUGUCCAAAGAUUAAUUGUACGAAACGGCGCGAAUCAAUGAAACAGGGUCGUUUUCGGCAUAUACGUGAAAUUCCAAGAAAUUCGGUAGAUGAAGAGUUAGAAAAGCACAUAGUAAAAGGUGGAAAAUGGAUGGCAUAUUCUGGAGCAUUACAUGUCAACGAAGAAGAGGAGCUGGUACGAGCACAACGCGACAUGAAACGCUGGAAAUAUCAGGGUUUGAAAAAUUACGAAGAACCAAUGGAUGUCUUUGGUCCUCCUAAUGAUAUUUGUAUUCGGUCUUUUUGGAUAAUACUAUCUCUACUACCGUUGCUAUUAUUAAUGGUACUUAUUGGUUUCUUAUCCGUUAUGUGGAGAAAGAAAUCUUUCACUAAAAUACGCUGGAAGAAGGGAGGUUUUAAUGAUAAUGAAUCUUCUUAUUUCAAAUUUUAG